AUGGGUCGUGUGCUCGACAAUGCCCUCCUCAAUUUAGGCCUCAAGCAGCAAUACAGGCUUGGCUUCAACAUGGAAGAUCUCCUAGCCCAGGAGUGUGACGCCGGCCUUGGCAACGGUGGCCUCGGACAUCUUGCAGCACACUACCUUGACUCUUCCGCAACUCAGGAACUUCCUGUGUGGGGUUACAGCCUGCACUACAGGUAUUUGUUCUUGCAGUCUGUAGAACAAAAGUUCCCCAGAGACAAGGAACAGCUUGCACGGGUGUCAUUAAUCGAAGAACAUUCACAUGGCUCACCUGGCAUGCAUCGGUGA